CCACACUUCAACGCGCCAUCACCGUCCACCACUCCAGCACGCCGCGAAGACCCAUACUGCCUCAAAACUCACAGCCUCUGCGCAACCACAGCACCAUGUCGUCUCCAGCCGCGCAGAUGGGCGGUAAUAGGCAAGGAGGGAAGGAGCCGAUUCUGUUCCGUUUCUGCUCAGAAUGCUCCAACCUUCUGUUCCCCCGCGAGGACAAGUCCGAGAACAAGCUGCUGUUCGCAUGCCGAACAUGCGCCUUCACAGAGGAAGCGCCCUCAUCCUGCGUCAUGCGCCAUGAAAUCGCCUCGACAGUCGGAGCUACAGCUGGUGUUACAGCAGAGGUAGCACAAGAUCCCACGUUACCUCGUGUGCAGAAGCAGUGUACAGAAUGCGGCGAGAACGAGGCCGUCUUCUUCCAGUCUCAGCAGCGGACUGCCGACACGGGAAUGGCACUCUACUAUGUCUGCUGCGGAUGCGGUCAUGUCUCGCGUCCCGGAGACUUGAAAGAUGAUUGAGAGACGACGAUAUGACAUUGCAUUGGGCAGGCGUUAAUCUCCGGAUCCUUAUCGGG